AUGGAGCCUUGGACAGCAGUGUCGAUCCAUUCAACCACAAGCAAGCCUACUCUGAUGCAGGAAUCCAAGUCUCGAGGGGGAGUCUCACUCAAGUUCCUCAUGCUCGAGCCUGUCGUCUAUUUGCAAGGCGAUGGGAAGAACGACCAUCACACUGCAGGAAACACGGCUCUCCUCAGAGGUAACAUCCAAAUGCAUGUUACCCAGCCAACCAGAGUGAAAAGUUUCUCGCUUUCAUUCUGUGGCAAGGCUCUCGUGAGCCCUUUUGGAAAGAAUACGAGGACUCACGACUUGAUCAACUCCAGUAUCACAUACCUCGAAGAUGGACAAGGGAUAUGGACAGAUCUCGUAUCUGGAUGUUCAAUCCCUCGCAACACCAUCAGGGAAGAGCUGGUUGGAAAGCGACGAAAUUCCGCGCCAGCCAUACUGACCCGACCAACUCCACCACCUGAGUAUGAUCCACCAAGCUAUGAAAGACUAGAGCGAAUACAUAGCAGUGAGACUUCACGCACGCCAAGCGAAGCUCAGGCGAGAGGUAGAUAUGCCACUAUACCAGCUGGGGAUCACACCUUUCCGUUCGAAUUUGUCGUGCUCAAUUCCCUACCACAAACCAUAGACACUCAACUCUUGUCUACCCGCUAUUUUCUCGAAGCCAAGGUUGAAUUCGGCGGACUUUUCGGAUCAAAACUGAUUUCCCAGCUUGAUGUUCCACUUCUCCGCUUACCGCCAGAAAGCUCGUGGGAAUGGAAUGAGCCCGUCACGUUGACCAGGAAUUGGAGUGAGAAUCUGCAGUACCAUUUUGCUAUUCUCGGAAGAAGCUUUUGCUUGGGCUCACAGAUCCCUAUCAGAAUGGGAUUGGUCCCCUUGGUCGGGCUCACCUGUUCUUCUGUUCAGGUCCUGAUGUUACAGCACAUACGUUAUUGGGACCGUGACAAGGAAACGUGUUUGGUGGACUCAGGAAAGAGAACAGUGCUUUUGCUGGAAAAAAGCGUAGACGCUGAAUGUCGGAGCGUCUUUCCGGGGGGUGAUGUGCGGAUCAGCAAGGAUCAAGAAAAAGGUGAAUUGGCAGACAAAGACGAUUCGAGUCUACUGGGGGGAUUGAUGCAGCCAUGUCAGAUCGAGAUGGAUGUCCAAUUACCCAGAUGCUAUGAACUUAAGGAGAGACUGUCCUGGCAAAGGGUCCACUCAAGCAGCAAAAUCGGCACCUUGGAUGUGAGCCAUUGGAUUCAGGUUGUUCUACGUUUCCGGCUGACUGACAAGGAAGACGGAAACAUAACCACAGAGCACAGCCUCUCUCAGCGACUUACACUUCAAGCUCCCAUCACCAUUCGGUCAUGCAAGGCGACUGCGUCCAAUAUCUAUGUUCCCCAGUACAGACUUGAGCAACAGCUAGAGACGGAAUCGCUUCGAAAUUCGACGUGUGACUGCCAAAGUAGCUCCCUGUCUCCGGAAAGUCUUACUCAAGUUGAAAAGCUGGAUGAGCCCGAGCGAGAAGGGUGCAUCUUUGGGGAUCCAAACUUGCCGGACGUUGCUUCCCCGAUACUGAAAAGCUUUAGCCCAUCUGUCACUCUCGCAGCUAACACGGAACAAUUGGGCACUUGA